AUGAAAUUAUUGUGUGUUAAUCUGUCGUCUACAAUCACAGGUGAUGAGUUCGUGUACCGCGACCCGUGGGGCGGUAUCAGCCUCAUGUUUGCUGCGAAUCAGACGUCCAAAACCUUGAUGCCAAACACAACAUGUAGGGUCCUAGAGCCAACAUCGUUCUCUUUGUCCGCCGAUCGACGGUUCCUUCUACUCGCCCAAUCACCACGGAAGCUGCAUCGGUAUUCAUUCCUGGCCAGAUAUACUGUCUACGAUAUACUUACGACAGAAUCGUAUCCUCUAACACCUCUACCAGAUGAAGUUGGUGGCAGUGUGAUCUCCGAGGGUCCCCUACUCAUCCUCGCAAUGUGGACCCCAAAGGGACACGGCCUGAUUACGGUCAAGGACUAUGAUAUCUAUUAUAGACCUGCCCCGCGCUCCUCAACGGGGUAUCGGGUAACAGAAACCGGUAUUCCAGGGACCAUACAUAAUGGAGUACCAGACUGGCUGUAUGAGGGUAAGAUAUUAAAUAAAGGCUUAUGA